CUUUUUUUUGGUUUCAUUCAAUGAUCAGGAAUCUUCGCCGAGACACACAUUCUCUAGUCUCUUCAAGUGCUGGCUGUCCGACUUUCCCUGUCUUUACUUGUCGUUUCUCCAACUUUCUUUUUUUUCUUUUUUCCCUGCGCUGCCUGAACAGAGCCCUCCUGGGAUACCUAAGACUCUGAGAGUAGCAGCCCAGCAACCGACACCUCCGGCCGUUACCCGCGCGGGUUACCUACUACUAUUAUUACCAUCGUUGUUAUUGCUAUUACGGAUCCAUCGCCACUUUUUCAACGCGACCCAACCAUUUGUCCACGCUGCUCAAGUCAAGGGCAAGACAAACUAGCACCACUGUCUCUCUUUGCAUCCAUCCAUCCAUCCAUCCAUCCAUCCAUCCAUCAAUAAAGCUGCCUGUCUGUCACGCCCGAGCGAGGAGUGACUAGGGCUGAGAGCUCCCGUGGAAUCCCCCCCUCCCCCCACUACACUACAUACGCACGCUGCUGGCCCACUCCACCAGAGCCGCCCUCGGCCAUCAAAGACAGAACAGCCGUACCAAAACAAAGACUGCCAGCCAGCACCCAAAAUGAGCUACCACCCAGGACGUCAAGCGCCCCAGAUCGGGGCGACAUCUGCCACCUACUUGCCAAAUCAGGACGACGAUUUCUUUAUGCCGCCGUCCGAGGUCCCAGUCGCCCAUCCAAAGCCCCAGCGUGUCAUGCCCGAAGUUCCCGAGAACAUGCAGGAAAACCUCGCCCACUUGGAAUUAGAGGCCAACGGUCCUCGAUCCAACGCGCCCAUGUCGCCGCCCCCUCACGGUUACAACCACUCCCAGCCCUCCUUCCCCCCGCGCGGUUCCAGCUUCCAGGGCGAGCCCGCGCAACAUAACCACCAGGGAGACUGGCCCGCUCGACACGGAAGUAUUUCCUCAACCUUCAACCAACCCCCAGCCGUCCAGCCGCAAGGUAUGCAGCAGCACGAUAGCCACGACUAUCAUAGCUUCGCGCACGCCAGCGAAGCCCCCAACUUCUCCAUUUUCCCUCAACUGCCAAAUCGCCCGCCCAAUGUCCCCCCGUCCGACGAUGAGAAGGAAGCCGUGUUGGAAAAUGCCCGCUUGCCCGUGCUGAAUUCAAACGACCCGGAAAUGCAGCUUGCCUGGGCUCAAGAUGCUUUGCAAUACGUCGACACCGCGCAGCUUCACGCCCAACGCCUCGCUGAGCUCCAAGGCCCCCGACCCACCACUCCCGCGGUCGAGCACCAACUGCGCGUCGAUGCCAUGAACGUAGUGGGCUUCCUCGCCGAUCAAUUCCACCCAAAGGCCGAGUUCAUGCGUGGUAUGUGGCUGGAGUUUGGAAAGUUCGGGUUGAGGGCAGACAAGAAAGAGGCAUUCCGGUCCUACACUCGGGCAGCUCAGAAAGGAUAUGCCAGAGCAGAAUACCGGAUGGGUAUGCAGUUUGAGCAGUCAAACGAUCCCAUCAAGGCUUUGCAACAUUAUCAAGCCGGUUCAGAGGCUGGAGACUCGGCUUCCAACUAUCGUCUGGGCAUGAUGACGCUUCUAGGCCAGCAUGGGCAACAGCAAGAUUUCGCUCGUGGAAUCCAAUUGAUUCGACAGGCCGCCCUCACAGCCGAUGAGAAUGCGCCACAGGGUGCCUACGUCCUGGGCAUGCUUCAAGCUCGAGAACUCCCACAGAUUAGUGUUCCGGAAGUCUACCUUCCUUACGACGAGAAAGGUGCCAGACAGAACAUUGAAAAAGCUGCUUACCUCGGGUUCGCGAAAGCUCAACUCAAAAUGGGUUCGGCUUACGAGCUUUGCAGUCUCGGGUGCGAGUUUAGCCCUACUCUGUCACUGCAUUACAACGCGCUAGCAUCGAGGCAAGGUGAGUCCGAAGGAGACAUGGCCAUCAGUAAAUGGUUCUUGUGUGGUCAAGAGGGCGAGUUUCCAAAGAACGAGGAAUUGGCCUAUCAAUUCGCGCAGCGCGCUGCGAGUGCGGAACUGGCCACGGCAGAAUUUGCCCUGGGCUAUUUCAAUGAGAUCGGCAUGCACGUUCCUGUCAACCUGGACAAAGCAUUGGAUUGGUAUGAGAGGGCUCAAAGGCACGGCAACAAAGAUGCCGAAUCUCGAAUCGAGAGCAUAUCCAAGUCGAGGACUCUGUCGAAGAAAGAUCACGAGCAAGUCGCUAUUAGCAGAAUCAAGUCCCAGCAUGGCUCCAUGCGAGGACAGCGUCCUGCUCGUUUGCAGGCGAAAACCAACAUCCCUACUUUAGCUCCAAUCGACAGCAGUCCUUCGGAUUAUGGCGACUCCCCGGCUCGAGGAACCACUCCAUAUCCCAUCUCCGACCAACCACCAGCUGUCUCUUCAACUCCAAACAGACCCCCCACAGUUGCACCAUACCCGGUGGACAACGGUCCCCCACGACUAGACCCUCAAAGAGCACCUAUGGCCGGCGGAUUUGCACCUGAACUACGCUCAGCCAGCGCUCGUCCAGUGUCAUCCGCAUUCAACAUUAACCCCGACGUGUAUGCCCAAGGCCCUAGACCCAACGAUUCGUAUGGGCGCGGUCGACCACCUCCAGGCGGACAAAUGGGUCCUCUGCCCAUGCGACCAGCUACAAGCGUGGACCACAUGGGUCGUGGAGGAGGGCGACCUUCGCCUGGUCCUGGAGGAUAUCGGCAACCCGGAGGCCCAAGCGCUCAGCGACCAGAACCACAUAGCAGGCCGUCAACAGCACAACCUCAGGACUACCAUGGUCCAGGUGGACCGGCCAAAUUACAAAAGCAACCGCUCAAGAAGCAGCCAACAUUGCCAGACAUGGGCUAUGCAGCGCCUAUGGACUCGCGGCAGCAUACUCGUCCAUCGACUGUGCAGCCCGGUCAUGAGGGUAGAUCUUCCUCUCGACCUUCGACUGCCACACCUAAGCCUUCGCAAGGCCACUCUUCCCCUGGACUUCCAGCGCAGCCCAAACCAGGGAAAUCGCCGCAACCGCAACAACAAGGCGCAAAACCACCAAGUGCGAAACCACCAAGUGCGAAACCUGCGGGGCCAAAGCCUGCACCCGCGAAACCUGCGGCUGCAUCUACUCCAGGCAACGGCCCAAAGACGUUCGACGAGAUGGGUAUCAGCCAAGCACCCAAAGAUGGAGAUUGUGUUGUUAUGUGA